AUGUGGUGCAAAAUUCAGAUAUUGCUCUUACAUUGUAUUGCCAGUGAAGUUUCCAUGGCAAAGCAUCUUGAUUCUAGAAGAAUUGUCCCCCAAGGACUUUACUCUGUAGAAGACAGGGGACCUGCUGAGUGGAAGAGGAUUAAAAGGAGUCUGGAUCAGGGAAGGUCCUGUAACACAGGAAGAGAUGAUGACUGUGGCUUUACCAUGGUCUCCAGAGCAGCUGUGUGCUACUGUGGCCAGUCCUGCAUCUCAGGCUCCCCUGGGCCUGUAGCCUGUUGUGCUGACCAGUGGGAUGUCUGCAGCCACCCUGUGGAGCCCACCAGGCCAGAGGAGUCUUGGCCUCCUCCGGUAUGGGGUUGUUAUAAAGAUGGCUGAUAUUAUGAAAAAGGAACAAUAAUUAAAGACAACUGCAAUUCCUGUCUCUGGAAAUGUUUGACAGAUGUAUGCCUUGUUCGCCAAGUUUUAAUUCAGUGCAUCAGUUCUGGAGAUUAUAGAUAGAAAGCUGACAACUACAGUCGAUUCUGAGGAAUGAGAGUGGAAGGAGAAAAGCUCCUGGGCACCUUCCCUCCAUCUCAUUCUUUUCUGAAUAUGAAAGAAGCUCCUGGAGAGUCAUGUCUAGAAGAAAAGUUUCGUGCAAUUUUUUCAGCCACUUAUGAGUGGCCUGAUUGGAUUCACAAUCCUUUGGAUCAGUGACACUGUGGAGCAGCCUGGGCUUUUUCAACCACAAGUGUUGCAGCAGAUAGAAUAGCAAUUCAUUCAGAGGGUCAGACCACAGACAACCUUUCUGCUCAGAACUUGAUCUCUCGUAAUAUCAGGAAUCAACAUGGAUGUGAUGGUGGAAGCAUUGAUGGUGCCCGGAGAAAUCUGAAAAUUCAUGGGGUUGUAUUGUAUGUUUGCUACCCAUCAUUUUGGAACAAAUACCUGGGGCCAUCAGCUGAAAAUCAGUGUUAUGUGUCAAGUGAAUAUGGAAAAAAACAUACAAAUGGGCCAUGUCCCAAUGCUUUUGAAAAAUCCAAUCAGUUCCGGUGUGCCUCUCGCUACAGGGUGUCCUCAAAAAAAUUAAAGAUAUAAAAAAAAAAAAUCAUGAAGAGAGGACCAGUGCAAGCUAUAAUGAAAGUGUAUGGUGAUUUUUUCCUUUACAUAAAGGGAAUAUAUCGACACUCCCAGAAAGCAGGUUCUAAGUGGAAAACUCAUUUAGUCAAACUCCUCGGUUGGUUGCCUUUGAAGAUGACUGGAGCACUGCAAAUACAGCUCAAACAUGUGAUGAUGAUGGAAUAUGUACCAAUUGCUGCAAAUUCCUGGGGAAAAUCCUGGGGAGAAAAUGGUUAUUUCUGGAUUCUAAGUGGACAAAGUGAGUGUGAUAUUGAGAAGCUGAUUUUAACUGCUUUGGGACAGCUGUAGUUUAUCUGUACCAUACUCUGUAUCUAUUCUUUCUAUUGUUGUCUAUUGAGUCUUUAUGGGGAAAUAAUAA